ACGACAAGAUAUCGUGUGCGGACAAGAACGAGUGUUUAGAUGGUUCAGAAAUAUGUAUCAACGCAAACUGCAAGAACACAGACGGUAGUUAUGAGUGCAAAUGUCUCUAUGGCUAUCAACCUUCAUCCAACCGUCGUCGAUGUGAAAUGAAAUCAUGUACACCGCUGACCGCUCCGCAAUGUCCUGCUGACGCAUAUCGUGAUGAAUUUGGAAGAACCUGCAUGCCUAUAAAAAUCACCUGCCAUGACGGAUAUAAAUAUCAACAAUCUUGUACCCUGAGCUGUGUGGACAAUUAUAAACUUGCAGUGAUCGCUCAACCAAAUUUCAGACAAAAAUUUGCUGAGAAUUUUACCACAGUUGAUUUUGGUAGCCCUAGUGAUAGAACCUUGUGCACGGUUGACUCAAAUUCAAGGGCAGUUAUAUGGGAUUGGAAUCCAGUAACUACCCCUUACUAUUGCAGAAGAGUUAACGACCCACCUUUGGGUGUUACCAUAUCGAAAACUGUCAUUAAUGAAAAAGAAUCAUUCUUAACACCAGCUGGUAAAUUAUCUGCGACAGAUCCUCAAAAGGAUCAUCUGAUUUUCAGUAUUUUAAACCCAGAAGGGAACUACUAUUUUCUUAUUCAAGGCAAUAUGUUGUUAGUAAAGAAUCGGUUGGUAUGGUCUCAUAAUUUGGGUGACAAUACUCAUCGGGUAGUUGUAAAUGUUUCCGAUAACGGGUCACCAAUGAUGCAUUCUAAAGCUACUCAUUACAUCACGGUCUUAAACAUCAACGAUCCACCCUAUGGAUUAGAACUUUCAAAUAACGAACUUGUUGGGAAUGUUCCCAUGCACCACACUGUCGGAAAUCUAACAGCAAUAGACGAUGAUGUAGGUCCACGAAGGACUUCGAAUUUCUCCUGGGAGAUAGUUGACACUGACAACGGACUAUUCUCACUUCGUGGAAACGAAAUACUCACAGCAAAGAGCUUAGAUCAAGAGUCCAAAAAUGUUCAUAGAAUUCAAUUGAAAUGUACUGAUUAUGGAAUUCCUAGAAAGUCUUCCCAGGUUGUUAAUAUGUUUAUAAACGUACGUAAUUGCAACGAUUGUCAAAAGUAUAUCUACCUAACCAAUCAUAGCGUGUCUGAGAAGUCUCAGAUGGGAACGCCUGUUGGUGAUAUAAUGGCGACAGUUGAUGAUAAUGAUACGUUGUCUUUUGAUUUGCAAGGAAUUGAGAGGAGAGAUCUCAGAAAAUUUGCAUUACAAGGUGAGUAGCAAGGUAGAUUCUUCAACGUUUUAAAUGGUAAUAAGAAUGGCAAUCUCUUAAUUCUGUAGCGUUUAGCGAUGAACAAUGAAUUAUUUAUGGUGCAAAAGUAGUAAGUGCAUGUGUCCUUCACGUGGAGUUCAAUUCCUACAACAUGCAGUUGUAUGAUUAUAAUUUCAACUCAGUUACGUUUACAUCAGAAGUAUUAUUCUAAUUGGACUGUACCAACCACCUUAAGUGUUUCUCCUAGAUACGCUAAGUUUGUUUCUGUAGUAACUCUGGACUCAUAAGAUAUAACUCGUACUGGAUCUCAUGGACGAACAGUUCGCCAAUUGGUGAUUCCAGCUAUAGACGAAAUUUUGAUCAGGCAAGAAGAAUGAAAACCAUUACAAUAGCUAUAGAAAGAGCAUUUUAAAAUGAGUAAAACUGCAAAGUUUGGUUGCGAAUUGUUGUACAUGUAAAAUGAGAAAAAUAUAGCCCUCUGUGAAAUUCGCAAAUUUUCAAUAUAUAUUUCAAUUACGCGCGGGAAAAAUAACCAUUUUUGAGCCGAAAGUGGUUAUUUUACCGCGCGUAAUACAAAUAUAUACAAAAUUUGCGAACUUUACAUGCAAGGCUAUAUUUUGUUUCUUUUUACAACAGUUUUACUCAUUCUAAGACGUUCUUUCUAGCUGUAGUGUUGGAUUUCGUUCUUCUUGCAUGCCUUGAUCAAAAUAUAAUCUAUAACUGGAAUCACCCAUUAUUGAUAGAGCUAUCCGGUAUCAACACAGUUUAAUUUAAUACUAGUUUAAGUUCAUUCAUAAGCUGGGUAACUUACAAAAGAAUAAUCAUUAACCCACCCACUAAGCACCAGUGCUCUCUCUUUGAUAAGUAAAAUCGUCUUGCGUGAGAGUAGCUUAAUGGGUUAAGGACACAAUUCUUCGUAGCAAGAUUAUUCUCAUCCUAAUUAACGUGCCUACUUGCAUUAUCGUUCGCGCGUUUUUUAAAACUGAUAUAUAAAUAAAUUGUUUGUAUUAGGUUCUGCAACUUGUGCUCUCCGUCUUCAAGAUGGGAAACCCAUCCAAACAUGUUCCGUGCCUCUGGUAGUGAAUGGAUCUCUUGAUUAUGAAAUGGAAAAUGAAUUCUUUAUUUGGGUAGCAGUAACAGAUGCGGGGGGAGCAUCAGGAAAAAGAUUUAGAAUUGAAGUCGAGAAUGUCAAUGAAAGACCCACUGAUAUUUUGAUAUCUGAUGACAGAGUGCCUGAGAACUCACCCGGUCGUACUGUGGUUGGUGAAUUUUUGGUAUGUAUCAUUUGAUAUUACUUUCUUUUCAAUAUAUUUUUAUGCCAAAUAUUAUGCUAUUUGAAUUUUGCGAUGUUAUGAUGGAUGGGCUUUUAUAUUUACAAAGGGUCACACAUCACAAUAUAUUAAAUUCUCGAUACCUCGUGAGAGAAUUGUCAAUCGAUUACUUGCAACUUUAGUAGGUAUAUAGAUACUGUUAGCUUAAUUCAACGUUAAAUUUGAUGGAAAUUUUUUACAGUCAAGAUUAUUGCAUGAAGCAAUGAACAAAUUUGAAUCUUUUGUUCCAGGUACAAGAUCCAGACAACAAGAUUGAACUGACUCAAAGUCACACAUGUUCCCUGGUUAACUCCAGCAAUGGCGAUGAAGAUGCUUUCUAUAUCGCCCAAACAGGUCUCUUCGCACAAAGAAAUCUUCUUCGAAUCAAAACAAACAGGAUUCUUGAUUUUGAAACAAAGAAAAUGUAUAAUAUCACUGUUUUCUGUAAAGAUAAGAAACUUGGGAUUUCCAAACAGUUCUUGAUUAAAAUCACAGGUCAGUGUAACUGUAGCAGUUUGACGCUAGCCGAUUGAGACAGAUUUGACAUCCACUACCACUACCUCUCACUGGCUUAGUACGCAUCUGAUUGGUUAAUCGGGGAUAUAAAACGCAUCUGAUUGGUUAAUGGUCCCUUAAUAGUAGCGCCAGUGGAUUUCAAAUCUAUAUCACACUAACGACUGUCUCUUACCGCCAUGCAAUUGGGUAAGUUAAUUUAAUUCUGUACAACAUCGAAUCGCUUUAAUGUAAAUAGCAGGAUUUUGUUGGCAUCUCACUCAAUUGAAGGGUUUGGAUUAGUAGUUGAAGGGUUUUGUAGCUGGAAAUUAUCGUAUGCAAAUGUAUAUAAGUUUAUUAGACGUAAUCAGGAACAGCUGCAAUAAAUGCAAUUAUAAAUCCCUGAAAGGAAUAUUAAUCGAACCUGCGGCCCUGUGAUUCUGGUAACCUCCAUUCCACACUUAAUUCGGAGAGGAAAGUCGUACUUCAACUAACACACGAGCUUUGUAUACAAUAUGAGACCACUUCAAGGCAGCCAACUUAUAUCUAACCGAUCGUUGGUGACAACGAUCUAGCUAACCACAAGAACGGAAUUAGCCUGCAUAACAAACAUGUUAAAGUUUUUCUUUAGAUGUAAAUGAGGCGCCCACUUCUCUUGUCCUAUCAAGUACGAGUGUUGAAGAAAGUCAAUCAAACAUGAUCAACAUCGCCACGUUAUCUGCAAAAGACCCUGAUGGAAUGAACCAAGCAUUUACCUACACUGUCAGAGACUCACAAUCUUUCCGUAUUGGUGGAACCAACCAAGAUCAACUCUUUUUUCUUGGACCACUUCAUUUUGAACAUACCCCAAGUAUUAGUGUUCAUCUUCGAGUCACUGAUAACGGUGGACUAUACUUGGAAAAGAUAUUUACAAUUAUGGUUCAAGGUUUGUUAAAAAUUAAAGCCCGGAUCAAACGAGGAUAAGAAUGCAAGAGAGUUUGCAGUCAUGCGAUUGAACUUGGUUAGUUGUUCUUAAUGCUUUCCAAACACAACAGUACUGUCUUCUAUUAAAGUAAAAAUUUAACACAGUUGGAGGACUCAUCAAACCUUUAUUUUGUUAAUCUAGAGCUUGAAAUUUUUCUCGUAACAAUGCGCGACUGUCAACUUUCAUCAACUCUCAUCCUCUUUUGAACAUGGUUUUAGAUAUAAUCUGGACUGUUUUUGCCAGUAUAGGCAGUACCAAUAAAAUGAAGAAGUUUUCGUUGGUAAAGACGCAACUACCUGAAAUUAUUUUUCACCCUGCUCGGUUUCCUUUGUUCUUAUCGAGAAAUAUAUGUUCAAUAUUCCUGUCUAAUAAUUCCCUCUAAUAAUCCCCCUCUAAUGUUCACCUGCAAUGUAUCACAAUAAAUCACAUAUCCCCUCGUUGCCUCAAAAUAACCUAUACAUAUAUACGAAGAAUAUCGGAGACACUUUCCUUAUAUAUUUUCAGCUAGUUGCAUCCUACCAACAAAAGCUUGUUUAUAGUUUAAUAUAUUAAUUAAACUAAUGUCACCUGCUCUAUUUAUACUGGAUAGUUCUAUCAGUUCUGAUCUGUCUUUCUAAAUGUCCAAUAUUGGUCCAGUGAAUUGGCGUUAUUUAUUCUGGGGGAGUAGGUGUCAUUUUAUAUUGGUCCAGUGUUCGAGGAAACCGGUGUACCCAUAGAAAUGUUGGGAGAGUGCUUCAGAGAAUUUGUUUUGUUUUGUUUCCGGGAAUUUCAGAUUCAAACUAUAGAAGCACUCUUCCUGCAAGUAAGCGAUGUAUAUUUAGACGACUGAAUUUCGCAGGAAUCAAAUUGUUAGUAACAUAUGAGAGUUAUUACCUUACUAAAUGAUUGCUUCUACACUCAUAAAUCCUCAUCGUACUUUUAGAUGUGAAUGAUCCACCAACAGACAUCAGACUUCAUCCGGCAGAUGCAAAACUUUCUGAAAAUAGUGUUCAAAAUGUCUUUAUCACUCAGCUUGAAAUGAUUGACCUGGAUAGCAAUACAAAAGCUUCAUGUAAAUUGCAACACAAUAGUAAUGGUCGUGUCAAUUUGAUUUCAAUGAUUCUUGUCGUUGGACCAACGAUUACUGAUUAUGAAAGUCUAGGUUCAUCCAAGUCAUUGCAGAUUCUAGUGAGAUGUGAGGAUCAACAUGGAGCUUCUGUUACUCGUUGGAUAAAUCUGCCUGUUGAAGGUAAUUUUGGAGUACUAAAGUGUGGAAUAAAAUUGUAAUUAUUAUAUUGGGCUGCAAAUACAAGACAACUGCAUAAAAGGAAAUAAAUUAUAAUAGACUCUCAAUGGUUAACGUACUCCCUUUUGUUCUCCUUCAAGAUGUGAAUGAGGCUCCAACUAGCCUCACUUUGAGCAAGUUAGAAAUCCGAGAAAACAAGAACGAUACAGUGGUGGGAAUUCUAGAAAUUUCUGAUCCAGAUGUGGGUCAGCGUCAUAGCUGUACCAUACUCGAUGUUGACACGCCAUUCUACAUUGACACUUCAACAAACUCACUAACACUUAAGACUGUUCGUCCGUUGGAUUUUGAAUCUUCCAGAGUGCAAUAUGUGAACAUUAAUUGUGAAGAUAUUGUUCCGGAUCAUCGCCAAGCUCAGCUUUUUAUAGAUAAACAGUUCAAGAUUAAUGUUUUAGGUAUGGUGGGAGAACUUGUAAAUGUAUACUUUCAGUAAAUUAACUUUAAUUAUACUGGAUAGCUGUUUCAAUUCUAAAUUGUUCUAAACUCAAAUAAAAUAACUGGAAAACUUUGGAAAUUUUCUCCUUCAGGGUCAUCUCUUGUUGAUCUAUUGUUACUAAAGGAUGAAACCUAAAAUAAUAUCACUUGUACUGGAUAGCUCCGUCAGUUCUAAACAGUUCUUGCAAGAGAUCGAGUAUUGGUUCAGUGGUACUAUAGGAGGAAACGGUAGAGUCGAAACAAGAGCCACUACAAACCACGCAGACUCGCUUAAAUUGGGUUCAUAUUUGGUGAGGUCUAUCCAGUCUUUAACUAGAACAGGACUUAACCGAUCUGAUAAAAGACGGGAUAGACCAAUUUGAAAAUGAAACUGACCUCAUAACAGACUGGAUAGACCCUAUAAAAAUAAAGUUAAUUCUAGCCAGCAAGCAAGUCUACUGACCUCCUAAAGUACUGACGAAGAGCCUUUUCUCGAAAUGUCGAAAGUGUAUUUCAGGCAGUCCCCACAUUUUUCCCCUCUCCCUACAUUUGAAGUAACCGUUUCACAUAUAUUAAUAUAUAAUUUUUGUUCAUCCUUAUUUCAGAUGUAAAUGAAGCACCACAGAUACUCUGCAAUACUUCCUUCCUUGCGUUACCCUCAUUCUCUCGUGGUUCAAUCCUUGGUCAAAUCCAGCAUUAUGAUCCUGACAAUGAACGCUAUCAUAUAUCAAAGAAACAAAACCCUAACGGACCUUUUGAAAUACGUAAACAGCUCUUGAGUUAUCGUUUUGAGAACGAGAAUAUCGCCUGGCGAUUUGAUGUCACACAAAAUGGAAUUAUAUAUCUAAAAAAGGUAGUUUUAUCAUUUUGGGUUUUUAUUUAGCUACUUUAUUGUCUGAUAUCAUAUAUCUUUUCGUUACAUUAUCGUUACAUUAUUGUGGUCAGAUCAUAUUGAAGCACUCUUUACCAAAGUUAAUCAACGUCUUGGUAUCAUACGAAGAGUUAAGCACCUCCUAACAGUUGAAUCUCGUCGUACUCUAGUAAACAGCCUUGUCAUGCCGAUCUUUGACUACGCUAAUUUUGUGUGGGGUGUUAAAAACAACUCUGUCCUAAUGAACAACCUUCAAGUUCUGCACAACAAAGCCGCUAAAAUCAUUCUUGACGCUCAUCCACUCUCGUCAGCCUCAGAAUUCCUACGAUCGUUAAAUUGGCAGCCGUUAGCAACACGUAGACGUUUUCACCGUUGUCUAAUCAUGCACAAGUGUUUAAACAAUUACAUCGAUUUUAUAUUUAAUUUCAAGUUCUCCUCUGACAUCCACAGCUACAAGACUCGAAACAAGCAGAACUUACAUUUGGAACGUGUCAAAAAGAACUGGGGAAAGCAGGCAUUUAGCUACCAUGCUGCCAAUGACUGGAAUAGUCUGCCUGUGGAACUCCAGAAUAUACGUCAAAUUAAAACUUUUAAAACUAAACUAAAGAAACAUUUAGCUAUAUAGCCAUAGGACACCCCACCGAACCGAUAGGAUGCACAAGAACUUUAUGCGAUUUAACCUUUCAUAUAUUCACAUUUGUUAGUUUAUAUUUUUAUUCUUUUAUUUAUUAUUUUUUAUCAUGGAUCCACUGAAAAUCACUUUCGUGAGUGGACCCCCUGACUAAAUAUUGUAAUUAUUAUUAUUAUUAUUAUUAUUAUUAUUAUUAUUAUUAUUAUUAUUAUUAUUAUUAUUAUUAUUAUUAUUAUUAUUAUUAUUAGUACAUUGGCACAUCGUACCAUACAGAUUCUUUUCUUAUCUUUCCUUGGGUCACGCUCCUCGGAAUCUAUCUGACUAAGAACCUCCGUUCUCGGUGAUUAACUCUUACAUACCAAAUCAUACCAUGCUAUGGCCAUUCCAUUCUAUUCCUUGCUUUACCAUAUCAUACCAUACCAUACCAUACCAUACCAUACCAUACCAUACCAUACUAUAUGUUCUAUACUGUAUCAUAGUGCCAUACCAUUACAUUUCCUACCAUAUCCAUCCAUACCAUAACAUAACAUAUUCCAUACAAUACUAUACUAUACUAUACUAUACUAUACUACACCAUUGCAUACCAUGCCAUUUCAAUAUACAUAUAUGUGUAGUAUACCAUACAUGUGUAAACCGGCCUUGCCUUUUUUAAUUUACUUGUCCUAUUGAACGGGAGCAUUCUCCCCUUGGCAGGUAAAACUGUUCGGUUUGACAGAGUGAAAUAGUUAGGAGGGACCUUCAUGGUUCAAUGCAAAUUAAUGGGAUAAGUAACAGUAAGUAUGAAGGAAUAUUUCUACUUUCAUUCUUUUUUUAGCGACCGACUGCUGAAAAAUACAACAACAGAUUGAUAAUGUUUGGAAUUCGUGUUGAUGACGAUGGUUUAGUUUGGGAACGAAAAAACGGCUCUGAGGAAUAUCGAAUCAAAAAAGAUGAAGCUAAAUACUCCGUACAAAAAUGCUCUAUCUAUAUUGCAU